AUGGCGCCCUGGGUGCGGACUAUGGGGGAGAAGCUGAAGCAGCGUCUGCGGCUGGACGUGGGACGCGAGAUCUGUCGCCAGUACCCGCUGUUCUGCUUCCUGCUGCUCUGCCUUAGCGCCGCCUCCCUGCUCCUCAACAGUCUGAGCGUGCAGCCAUCGUUACUCUUUAUCUGGAGAUAUUGGUCCCCAAGCAUAAUAUCGGGGAAACUUUCGCAUGAAACUUGGUAUCUUCAUGUUUUAAUGAUCUUCUGGUCGUUUGUUGCUGGAGUUGUCACAUUUUACUGCUCAUUGGGACCUGAUUCUCUGUUACCAAAUAUAUUCUUCAUGAUAAAAUACAAACCUAAGCAAUUAGGACUUCAGGAAUUGUUUCCUCAAGGUCGUAGCUGUGCUGUUUGUGGUAAGGUGAAAUGUAAGCGACAUAGGCCUUCCUUGCUACUUGAGAACUACCAGCCAUGGCUAGACCUGAAAAUUUCUUCUAAGGUUGAUGCAUCUCUCUCAGAGGUUCUUGAAUUAGUGUUGGAAAACUUUGUCUACCCCUGGUACAGGGAUGUAACAGAUGAUGAGUCCUUUGUUGAUGAACUGAGAAUUAUAUUACGGUUUUUUGCAUCCGUCUUAAUUCGAAGGAUUCACAAGGUGGAUAUUCCAUCUAUUAUCACCAAGAAACUAUUAAAAGCAGCAAUGAAGCAUAUAGAAGUGAUUGUUAAAGCCAGUCAGAAAGUAGAAAAUACAGAGUUUUUACAGCAAGCUGCUUUAGAAGAAUAUGGUCCAGAGCUUCAUGUGGCUUUGAGGAGUCGAAGAGAUGAAUUACAUUAUUUAAGGAAACUUACCGAACUACUUUUUCCUUAUAUUUUACCUCCUAAAGCAACAGACUGCAGAUCUCUGACCUUACUUUUAAGAGAGAUUCUCUCUGGUUCAGUGUUCCUCCCUUCUUUGGAUUUCCUAGCUGAUCCAGAUACUGUGAAUCAUUUGCUUAUCAUCUUCAUAGAUGACAGUCCACCUGAAAAAGCGACUGAACCGCCUUCCCCUUUAGUUCCAUUCUUGCAGAAAUUUGCAGAACCUAGAAAUAAAAAACCAUCUGUGCUGAAGUUGGAAUUGAAGCAAAUCAGAGAGCAGCAAGAUCUCUUGUUUCGGUUUAUGAACUUUCUGAAACAAGAAGGAGCAGUGCACGUGUUGCAGAUUUGUCUGACUGUGGAGGAAUUCAAUGACAGAAUUUUACGACCAGAGUUAUCAAAUGAUGAAAUGCUGUCUCUUCAUGAAGAGUUACAAAAGAUUUAUAAAACAUAUUGUUUAGAUGAAAGUGUUGACAAAAUUCGAUUUGAUCCCUUCAUUGUAGAAGAGAUUCAAAAAAUUGCUGAAGGCCCAUAUAUAGAUGUGGUGAAACUUCAAACUAUGAGAUGUCUUUUUGAAGCUUAUGAACAUGUACUUUCUCUCUUGGAAAAUGUGUUUACUCCUAUGUUUUGCCACAGUGAUGAGUAUUUUAGACAACUUUUAAGAGGUGCAGAAUCACCAACACGCAAUUCAAAAUUCAACAGAGGUAGCCUAAGUUUGGAUGAUUUUCGGAGCACACAGAAGAGAGGAGAAUCAUUUGGAAUCAGCCGAAUAGGCAGCAAAAUUAAAGGAGUCUUCAAGAGCACCACAAUGGAGGGAGCUAUGUUGCCAAACUAUGGUUUAGCUGAAGGUGAAGACGACUUUAUUGAAGAAGGUAUUGUUGUAAUGGAAGAUGAUUCUCCAGUGGAAGCUGUGAACACACCGAAUACUCCUCGAAACCUUGCUGCAUGGAAAAUUAGCAUUCCAUAUGUAGACUUUUUUGAAGAUACUUCCUCUGAAAGGAGGGAGAAAAAGGAGAGAAUACCAGUGUUUUGUAUUGAUGUUGAAAGAAAUGAUAGAAGAGCAGUUGGGCAUGAACCUGAACAUUGGUCUGUCUAUAGAAGAUACCUUGAAUUCUAUGUACUUGAAUCAAAACUAACAGAAUUUCAUGGCACAUUUCCUGAUGCCCAGCUUCCUUCUAAGAGGAUCAUUGGCCCUAAGAAUUAUGAGUUCUUAAAGUCUAAGAGAGAAGAAUUUCAGGAAUAUCUGCAGAAACUUCUGCAACAUCCAGAAUUGAGUAACAGUCAACUUCUGGCAGAUUUUCUUUCUCCCAAUGGUGGGGAAACACAGUUUCUUGAUAAGAUACUACCAGAUGUAAAUCUUGGGAAAAUUAUAAAAUCUGUUCCUGGAAAACUAAUGAAAGAGAAAGGUCAACAUUUGGAACCUUUUAUCAUGAAUUUCAUUAAUUCUUGUGAAUCUCCAAAGCCUAAACCGAGUAAACCAGAACUGACCAUUCUCAGCCCUACUUCAGAAAAUAAUAAGAAGCUUUUUAACGAUCUGUAUAAAAAUAAUGCAAACCGUGCUGAGAAUACAGAAAGAAGGCAAAAUCAGAAUUAUUUUAUGGAAAUGAUGACUGUAGAAGGAGUCUAUGAUUACCUGAUGUAUGUCGGACAGGUGGUUUUCCAAGUUCCUGACUGGCUUCAUCAUCUCUUAAUGGGAACUCGAAUCCUCUUUAAAAACACCCUGGAAAUGUAUACUGAUUACUAUCUUCAUUGUAAACUGGAGCAACUCUUUCAGGAGCACCGUCUGGUUUCACUUAUAACACUUCUCAGAGAUGCUGUAUUUUGUGAAAACACUGAACCUCGCUCUCUUCAAGAUAAGCAAAAACGAGCAAAGCAGACUUUUGAAGGAAUGAUGAACUACAUUCCAGAUUUGAUAGUCAAGUGUAUCGGUGAAGAAGCCAAGUAUGAAAGCAUCAGACUUCUUUUUGAUGGUUUACAGCAGCCAGUUCUCAACAAGCAGCUGACUUAUGUUUUAUUGGACAUUGUGAUACAAGAACUGUUUCCAGAGCUCAAUAAGGUGCAGAAGGAAGUUACAUCUGUGACGUCCUGGAUAUAAACAUUUGGAUUUGGGAUAGAAUAACCAGUUGAAAUGUUUGCUGUGCUAGUGUAGUAUAUAUGUACUGUUUUUUCUUUUACUUUUGUAUAUUCCUG